UGGGUGCACGUACUUCCAUGCUGCUGCUGCUGCUGCUGCAGCUCCAUUGCCUCGCCGCUGCCGUGCUGCCCACUUCUCCUUCCUUCGUUUCCUACUGCUCUUCCUCCUCCUUUUUGCAGUGGUAGCCGGCUUGAUGCGCAUAAUAAAUAACUUCUGCAAGAUUACCCCUCCCCUUUUUGGUCUUUUUUUUUUUUUUUUUUUUCCUGGUCCAAACCCGAUUUGAAAGCUGCGCGCGUUGGAUUGGAGACCGUGGAAUCGUUUCAAUGUGAUGCAGCGCCACAAGCAACGUGGGUGUAGUGCGUGCAUGUGAGCUGUGCCUUUGCCUGUGUGUGUGCUGUUUUCCUUUUUAUUUUGGGGGUGUUCAUUUUUGUGUGUGUAUGUGAUGAGGAGUGGAGGAAGAGGCGGGAGCAGUAGCUAUGAAGCGCGUGUCAUCUCGACUCAAUUUCACCUGUAUGAACGACCUUGCCAUUGUGACCGAAAUAUUCCUAAAAGGCUUUCCAUGGAGGAUACAUGUGUCGCCCAUUCCCUGAGAGCUGAAUCUGCUCACUGUUGGUCUCAAGACACUCAAAGAUAAACGGUCAAACGCUGUCUCGCCAGGAUCACAAGUGCCAUUUCAAAGCUUAUUGGAUGAAAGUGUCCUUUGCCCUUGGUUGCCAAAGAUGACGUUGCCAUGGAAACAGAUUCUACUGUUAUCGAUCAUCGAGUGUUUGGCAGAUUGUCUAGACAGUGGGUUGUACCAUGGUCCAAGAUGGAGGAUGGAGCCUGGUGAUCUGUUUAUUCCAAUGGACUCGAUUGAGGAAGAGGCUAUUCUAACUUGUGACGCCAAGAGUACCCCACCUCCUCAGUACAGAUGGUCGCUGAAUGGGACUUUCAUAAAUCUGAGCCUGGAUCGACGGCGGCGUCUGUCAGGGGGCAACCUCAUUAUAAGCAGCCUGGACCGCUACGGGGAUAUAGGCGUCUACCAGUGUAUGGCCUACAACACCGCAGGAGCAAUCCUCAGCAGGAGAGCACAUCUCAAGUUUGCCUACUUGGAUCAUUUCAAAGUCCACACCAGAAGCGCCGUAUCCGUUCGAGAGGGACAAGGAGUGGUGUUGCUUUGUGGAACGCCCACUUCCUCAGGAGAUCUUACAUAUGCAUGGGUCUUUAACGAGUACCCAUACUUUGUCCAGCAAGACAAUCGCCGCUUCGUCUCUCAGCAGACAGGAAACCUUUACAUCGCCAAGGUUGAGCCAUCUGACGUGGGCAACUACACGUGUGUGGUGAUGAACAGCAUCACCAAGGGCAAAGUUCAUAGCUCGCCUACAUCGCUCAUCCUCAGGACAGAUGGAGUGAUGGGUGAAUAUGAGCCAAAAAUAGAAGUUAAUUUCCCAGACAAUGUACCCGCCGCAAAAGGAUCAACAGUUACGCUGGAGUGUUUCGCUCUCGGGAAUCCUGUCCCAGAGAUCACUUGGAAGAGGGCCAAUGGCGUUCCAUUCCCCAGUAAAGUCAAAAUGAAGUACGCCAACGCAGUGCUGGAGAUACCCAGCUUCCAACAGGAAGAUACAGGAGGAUAUGAGUGUGUGGUUGAGAACAAGAUGGGCAAGAAUACAGCCACAGGUCUCCUGACUUUCUUUGCCAAGCCUCAGUGGAUUCAGACCAUGAAGGACACAGCCCUGGCCAUAGAGGAGAAUUUGAACUGGGAGUGUCGCGCCAACGGCAAACCUAAACCUAUUCACACAUGGCUGAAGAACGGCCAGCAGCUGCUCUCCAGGGACAGGAUCCUUGUGAAGGACGGCGUUCUCUCCGUGUCUGUGCUAACACUUUCCGAUGCCGGAAUGUACCAGUGCGUGGCCGAGAAUGAGCACAGCAUUAUAUAUUUUGCUGCUGAACUAAUGGUUUUAGCUUCUCCUCCAGACUUCACAGGGACUGUCCUCAGAGCUUUGCUUAAGGCCAAGGCAGGAAGCAUGGUGACAUUGGACUGCAAACCCCAAGCAUAUCCCUUGGCAAGCAUUUUAUGGAAGAAAGGAAACCUUCCUAUUCUCACCAACAACAGGAUCACUCUUUCACCAGAUGGAACGCUAAGGCUUGCCAAUGUGAGCAAGGCUGAUGCGGGCAGCUAUACGUGCUUCGCCAGGAAUAGAUUUGGCAUGUCGAGUACAACUGGAAGGCUCCUUGUCACAGAUCCAACCAGAUUUACCCAGGGCCCUGGAGACAUGGAAAUCAUCGUAGGCGAGAGCAUCGUGUUACCCUGUCAAGUAACCAGCGAUCCAGUCCUCGACGUUUCCUUUUCUUGGGCCUUUAACGGACAGCUCAUCGGCAAUGAUGGCGGUCACUUCGAGCUGGUGGGCGGGAGAGCCGCAGGAGAUCUGAUGAUCAGGAAUAUUCAGCUCAACCACACGGGCAAAUACAUCUGCGUGGUGGACACGGAUGUGGAAAGCCUCUCAGCCGUUGCCAUAUUGAUUGUGAAAGGCCCGCCCAGCCCACCGGACUCUGUGACGGUGGAGGAGGUGACAGACAGCACAGCCCAGCUGGUGUGGACCCCCGGACGGGACAACGGGAGCCCCCUCAUCAAUUACAUCAUUCAGACCAGGACACUUUUUACUGUGGGAUGGCAAAGGGUUAACACGGUUCCAGAGAUCAUUGAUGGGAGCACACUGACAGCCACUGUGGUGGAUCUUAAUGCCUGGGUGGAGUAUGAGUUUCGGGUGCUGGCUAGGAACAAUGUUGGAGUUGGAGAACCCAGCCCAGUGUCAGUCAAGACAAGGACAGAAGAUGCAGUCCCUGAUGCCGCGCCAGGUGAUGUGGGCGGAGGAGGCGGAAGCAGGUCAGAGUUGGUCAUCACAUGGGAGCCUGUCCCCGAAGAACUACAGAAUGGUGAAAGCUUUGGUUACAUCAUUGCUUUCCGCGCUUUCGGAGAAGUCAGCUGGACCCACGUGGCCACCUCUGCCCCGGGCGCAUCUCGCUAUGUGUACCGCAACGAAAGCAUCGCGCCCUUCUCUCCGUUCCACGUCAAAGUUGGCACAUAUAACAGUAAAGGGCAGGGGCCCUUCAGCCCCGUGGUCACCAUCUACUCUGCAGAGAUAGAGCCAAGUGGGGUGCCAGUGGGAGUUUGGGCCAGAAGUGUCUCAGCCUAUGAGAUCGAAGUGAAUUGGCAGGCUCUCUUCUUCACUCCUGAAAAGGUUCUCGGCUAUGAGGUGGUGUACUGGGAAGACGACACAAAACCAGAGACUAUGGGAAAGGUUCGCGUUCCCUGGAACUACACCUCGGUUACAGUUAGCGGCUUGGCAGGGCACACGCAGUAUUUCCUGACUGUCAGCGCCUUCAACACAGCGGGCACCGGCCCCUUCCUUCCUGCAAUCAAUGUCACCACAAAAAAAACCCCACCAUCCCAGCCGCCUGUGGAUAUCGAAUGGACCCUAAUCGGCUCCCAACUUUCUCUCUACUGGGAGCCUGUGGUGGCACUGGAGUCCGAGUCAGAAGUUACAGGUUACCAGUUGUCAUACAGGAGAAGUCAACUCAAAGAAGUAAACACGCUCACAACAACCAAUUCAACAGCUGAGCUGACGCUCCCCGAGGUCGACGACGAGUACAUCAUUCACAUUCAGUCCCUGAGCGAAGGAGGCCUGGGCCCUGCUUCUGAUGCCAUUCGAGUCCACCAGCUUAGUAUGAGUGCUCGCGGCUCGAGAGCCUCGAAUGCGGACGCAUCGCUGCCCUUCCUGCUCCUUGCCAGUGCAAUAUCAACAUUCCGGUCGACACUGUGAUGCAUUUGCUCUGUCUUUUUGCUUUGGAAGUGUGCUAUUUUAGCGGGGAUGAGGUUGAAGAGGUGUCGAAGCACUGUCCUUCUCCAUUUCAGCCUUUUGUUUUGUCUCUACUCUAGAAUGAUGCAGAUGCCUUACUUCCAUUCAUGUGCCGCAGUAGUUUUAGCCUUCCUAUCAUUUUGGUCCCAGACACGGACUUUCAUGAUGAUUUUUGUGUAUUCCGGACAACGGCAAUGAGAAGUGGCGUUUUGUAUUUAAGGGUUUUCCUCCCUUUGUCUCAAUUGGCAAGCAGGAACACAAUCCUUCACACGUGUCUGUGCCUUUCAAGCUCAUUGACAGAGGAGAACGACACAAACAGCCAUCUUCCUCUUUACUUGCUUGUUGGAGGUCCCGUCCCAGAUUCCAACUCAUAAAAGUCAAUUUACCUUGUGUGAUUUGAUUAUGGAGCGCUCCGUUUAGCAUGAGGGUUCCUCAAGGAUUUUAUGCUUCAGAGCAGUCCUUGUACUUUCUUACAAACUGAUGGAUUGGUCUUUUACUGUGCAUCUGCAAGGAGAUUGCGUCAAAUGGAUCUUCGAGUACUUUUACUUCGGACUUGUACUGUAGCUUUGGUUGGAGGUGUGAGGAUGAGGAUCAAUACAUCACAGAUAACUGAAACAAAUAGAUGGCACUUUAUAUGACAGUAGAUUAAUAGAUACAUUCUGCCAAACUGAUUUUCACAGUUAGCACUGCGUUAACAGUGACAAUAAAGGAAUUCAAUUCAAUUCAAUUUUGAAAGAUCACAAAUGACUAUGACCAAAAUAAUAGGUCAUGUGCUGGUGUAUUUUUGAGCUUGUGCACACGAGGGGUUAAAAACAAAAGGUUUAUUGCUACAGUUUGUAAGCAUUCAGUGUCCAGUAAACAGUGGUCAGUAUCUUGUAACCAUAUGGAAGGGUCUUGGUACUUUUGUGGGUAUUCAGUACCAUGUUUGGAAUGCAAUGGAAACAAAAUAAUUAUGGAGAAAUUAAGCAGUUAAGCAUUUGGAAGUCAUGUUUUUCUUUGUUUGUUUUUUUGUUUUUUUAUCACCGUAACACCAUAAUAACUUGGACAGUUUACACUUCCCAUUACUGGCAAAAAAAAUAAUUAAGUUUAGCAUAAUUUGCAAUUAACCAGAUCUGUUUCACAUGUCUUAUUACCACCAUUAUUCCCUUCAUUUUAACAUUUCCUAAUAACUUUUUGUUAAUUGUUUUAUUAUUAGCAUGGCUUAAUUGUUUUGAAAAGCCACCUUUAUUAUUACUAGAGUUUGUCAUUUCACCCUCGACAGUCUUUUAAUGCAUUUUACCUACAGUAUAUUACCUUUUGUAAUACUUUGAUUGUUUCAGGUGAAAUCCACGUAUCUCCAAAGUUACAUCUUUUCAGAAAAAAAAAGUUGAUUUGCUUGGGAAACGCUGCAUCGUUGGUACAAAAUUGGUAUUGGACCUUAUUGCAAUCAAAUAUCAUUGUGGUGAUAUCGUACAUAGUGUGUCAUUUGCCCCUUUUUAAUUUUGAAGGGUUGUAACGCUCCCAGACUUGUCCCCAAACGCUUUAUAAAAUACAGCACAAAAUGGCAUUUCUUUUCUUUUCAUUUAAUGGUUUAAGUGCAACACUUUCGAGUAUGGAGUGUGUCGUUGGCGGAAUAUAACUAAUAUGAGUCCAUUUCUAAGCAUAAUGUCGGGCUGGACUUUUAGUGCAUUGUUCUAGUAAAUUAUUGCAGGAACACAUCACAGUAUUUCUAUUCUCUUUCCCCCCCUCCUGAAGCAUUAACGUCAGUUGCCGGCCACGAGUGUAACACAAAAUUUCAUUAUCCUGUCAAUUUGCCAAAGCAAUUUGAAAAUGUCACUUUGAGUUCUGGGAAAACCGUUACAAGCCUUCUUUCGUUUCAUCCCUGACAUUUUUGUUCAAUUGAUAAGGCAUACACUCAACACAGUAAUCAAUAGCGAAAUCCAUCUGGGCGAUGCCAUUGCCCAGCAACGCACUUGUUUGCAGUCAGCAGGGGAAGUUUCAAGAGCUGCCAAAACAACAAACAAAAAAUACAUGCCAGUCUGAUCGUCGCCCUAUCGCCAACGGCUUAUUUGGCAAAGUGUAUGUUCAGCUGUGUUUAUCACUUUGUGAAUCUGUCCGUUGUUGUCUGUUGGAUUGGCUUCUUUACAGUAUGUGCAGUAUUCGUCGUCAUUGUUGGUUGUAUUCAAGCCAGCCACAUUUAUUUCAUGUGUUAAAUGUCCUUUUAAUGGCCAGUGGGGUUUACAUCAGCUAUACAACAUGUGCCAUGCGGCUCCGUUUAAACACUGACUUGAUGAAUGGAGAAUCCAGACAGACGCCAUUAUUGAGCAGAAAUCAAAGCAGCUUAAUAAAUUUGAGCAGGACUGAGGGAAGUAAUGUGCCAAGAUUUGUCGCUCAUUGUGAUCUUAAAGGAAAGCGACAUUGACGAACACAAGUUAGAAUCGGGUGUUUCUCUCAAACAACUUCGGGUGCAAAGGAAAGGGAUCUAUUUAAAGGCCGCAGUGUUUGCAUUAGAAAACAAAAUGCGGCCUUCCAUCAUUCACAUUUGUUGUUUUUACAUCUUUGUAUGCAGUUCUUUUGUGUACAUGAUUACAUUAAGGAAUGUCAUUUUACCAAUCUUUACACAGGAAACAUAUCUUUCAGUUUUGUAUGAUUGUAUAUUGAAAUGUUUAAAAAAAAAUUCAUUUCUAAUGUGCGUUUUGGGUACAGCAAAGCAAUCAUCUCUGCGACAUCUCUGUUUUUGUAAAUUACCAGUGCAGUGGCGAUGUUUAAUGAAUUAAGUGUGAGUGCUGCCAGGCUCUUGCACUCUUUGUUUUAUUGACUUUGAUUGUUUGGAUUUUUGUUUUCUUUAGCAAUUCUGCACAAAGGUCAAGUGUUGUUUUAAAAGAAAUAAGGACAUGCUGGCAAAAUUAUGUACUUAAUUUGAAGCAGCGUCCGACAAAGGCAAGACUAAUAACUGAGGUGGUGUCAAUUCUCAGUGGAACUUGAAAAACACAUGAGCAGAAAGUAACAAUUUCCAGGGUUGCAGACACGCUUUCAAUGCCUUUUAUUUCAGAUCAGACACAAAAAGCCGCAAAACUGAUUACAAUGUGACAAAAUGACAAGCCGCGUGCCCCAAACAUGACAACGCUUGGCCUUUCUGUUCUCUCUUGUAUGUAUUUUGCCAUGCAAGUGAUCUCUAUGAGAUCGUGGCUGGAGGGUUUUCAUAUUGAAAAGUCAUUUGCUGAUCUUGAUAUGCUGAAGCCGUGCAUGUAUAAUAUUGUUUGGUGCAUUUGUGUUUUCUAAAUGAGGCAGUUAAUAAAAACAAACAAAAUCAACUGA